AUGCCCCGCAAGCGUCCUGUGUCCAAGACUGUCUGCGACGGGUGCGGUGUUGUCGGACAUAAAUGGAAAAACUGUCCCGUACCCCAGGCCAUACAUGAGGGAAUCAAUGCUUCGCGUUCUGCGGCCGAGACCUCCCACGAUGGCUCCGAGAACCAGGAAGAAUGCGCAGAGUGCGGUCUAGUCGGCCAUCUAGUCGCGCAUUGCCCCUUUCGCCUGAUCAAGGUGGUCAAUUCUGCAUUUCGCAAGGCCGCCCGCGAGCGGCGCCAGAGGCACAUGCGUCUCAACCAGUACGGUUCGAAGAAGCCCCGUGCCAGUCAGCCUGAUACGGACAAGCCUCGCGCCCAGCACUCUGGCGCCGGUGUGCAGAAGCAUGGUGCCGCCAAGCGGUCUGCUCCCUCGAAGCAGUCCAAUGCCCGCCAAGCUGCCCCCAAGGAGCCCGCUUCCCAUAACCAAGGGUCGAAUCAUGGUAUCGGCGUGCAGUCGGCUGACAUCCGUAAGCCGGUGAGGCGCACGUCGUGGUAG